GCAUCACGAUAGUGUCCGAGUUAUAUUAUAGACGGUAGAUGAAUAAAAGUCAGUAGUGUCCGAUCUGUCAAACUGCUAACAUGGACAAGCUAAUCCUUAUAUUGGGUCUAGUCACACUGGCGGUGGCGUCGCCUUUUGACUUCGAUUUCGGCUUCGGACGUAACUAUGUAGAAACACCACUCGGUAAAAGCAUAGAUACGGCCACCUUGAAGCUGCUCAAGGAAGCUUACAAUGCGGCAGAGGACAAGAACGUUGUCUCAUCACCCCUCAGUCUUAUGAUCCUGUUGUCCUUGUUCAACUCUGGUGCCGGCCCCGAGACCAAGCAAGAAAUUAGUCGUUACUUGGGUGGCGCAGACUUCGAGUCAGCUUACAGAGAUUUGAGUGUGAGGUUCGCCGACCUAAACCCGAACGCUCUGACGGUUGCCAACAAGGUGUAUGUGGCUAGCAAAUACAACCUGAAAGAAUCCUUCGCCUUUGCUGUUCAAGGCUACCGCAGUGAGGUCGACAAGCUUGAUUUCAGCAACAAAGAUGCCGCUGCUGCAGCCAUCAACCAAUGGGCGAAUGAGAAGACCAAGGGUAACAUCAAGGAUCCCGUCAAACCCAGUAUGCUGAGCGAGGAUGUGGCCGCUGCUCUCUUCAACGUUAUUUAUUUCAAGGGUCAUUGGCAUGUACCAUUCAAAGCUGAGGACACACAAGACAAAGAUUUCCAUGUCAGCAAGGAUCAAGUAGUAAAGAAGCCAACCAUGCGUUUGACACAAUCUUUGUUCUACGCUGAGAGCCCUGAACUCGGUGCUAGGUUGGUCGAGUUGCCGUAUAAAGAAACAGGAUUCCGCAUGGUCAUAGUACUCCCGAACGAAAUAGACGGUCUACCUUCAGUGCUCGAGAAAGCCUCACAAAAGGGACUCCUUGAUGAUGUAUUCAAACUACAACCUGCUGGCAGUGAUGUCGAAUUGGAGUUGCCUAAGUUUGAUGUGAAGACUAAACUGGACUUUAACGAACUCUUACCAAAGCUCGGAGUAUCGAAGCUGUUUGAGGAACCUGCAUUAGGUGUAGUUAAAGACCAAUCUGUGGUCGUAUCCAAGGCUUUCCAAGAAGCUUUCAUCAAGGUUGAUGAGGAAGGAGCUACCGCUGGAGCAUUCACAGGAAUGCUUAUAGUGCCAAUAUCUUUAGAUUACCACCCACCUCGUCCCAUCCCGUUUAAAGUAGACCAUCCAUUCUUGUAUUUGAUCCUCUACGAAGACAAUAUUCUUUUCGCGGGCACAUACGUUAGUCAGGUGUCACUCUAGUACCUUUGUCAUCAGCCGCAAUGAGACCACGCCCUAAAGAAUUUAAAGUAGACCAUCCAUUCCUCUUUGUAAUUCUGUUGGAGGAUAAAAUA